UGCGCUGCGUUCCUCGGACACAGCGGAUCACCGAUCCACGGAAAGAGCCGAAGAUGUCUGCUCAGUCAUGUGAUCAGGUGUGUCCAAUCACAGCUGAUCACAUGGGACAUCUACACUGAUCAUCAGGGCACUGAUGAUCAGUGUGCCCUGAUGAUCUGUGUAGCCCCAGCAGCGCCACCUGUCAGUAUACAUCAGUGCCAGCUCUCAGUGCUCAUCCAUGCCACCUGCCAAUGCCCAUCACUGCCACAUUUCAGUGCCACAUCAAUGCCACCUAUCAGUGCCCAUCUGAGCUGCCUUUCGGUGUCACCCAUCAGUGCUAGUCAGGGCCACCUACUAAUGCCCGUCAGUGCAACCUAUCACUGCUGCUAAUCAGUGCCACCUUCCAGUGCCAGUCAGUGCCGCCUAUCAGUGCUAGUCAGUGCCGCCUAUCAGUGUACAUUAGUGCCGCCUAUCAGUGCCCGUCAGUGCUGCCUAACAGUGCCAGUCAGUGCCGCCUAUCAGUACCAGUCAGUGCCGCCUAUCAGUGCCAUAUAUGAGUGCUGUCUUUCAGUGCCCAUCAGUGAUGCCUGUCAAUGCCCAUCACCACCAGUGCCUCCUCAUCAGUGCCCAACAGUGCCACAUAUCAGUGUCCAUCAGUGCAGCCUAUCAGUGCCCAUCAGUGCAGCCUCAUUAACACACAUCAGUGAAGGAGAAAAAUCACUUAUUUAGAAAAUUU